GCGAAUAGAACGAGAACCAGAAAAAGCAUAUGACGCGGACCAAAAGUGACAUACACACGUUUUUGUGUGUUGAAAGUUGAAACACAACAAACGAAAAGAAAAUGGCAACUUCUAGUUUGAAUGGUGACCUUCAGUUAUGCAACAUAUGCAAAGAGAACGAACGGCGCUACGUUUGUCCCAAGUGUUUCAUCGGCUAUUGUUCGCUCGAUUGUUAUAAAUCUCAAGCACACCUAGAAUGUUCGGAAUCUUUUUACAAACAAUGUGUGGAAGAUGAACUCCGUGUUGAGCAUUCUGAUUCGCAAGUGAAACAAAAAACUUUGGACAUUCUACAAAGGAUAUACAACGAGGAUACAGAAAAUGAUGUUCUGCGAGAAAUUUUGGUAGAAAAUGGGGACGAUGGGCAAGUGGAAGAACUUGACUCUGAUGAUGAAGCCGAAAAGCCUUUAGAAAAACGUUUGGAAAACAUCAACUUAGAUGAUGCAGAUGAACUGUGGUCUGCACUUACUUUGAAUGAAAAGCAAGAGUUUGAAGCUCUACUUAAGAGUGGAGAAGCUUCCAAGUUGCUGCCUACUUGGGAGCCAUGGUGGUCUUAUCGAUCAGAGAAAAAGUUGGUCAAAGAUUUGGAUGAGAAUAGCAAAGAUCAAACUUAUAUUAAUAACUGUCCAAAAAUCUUGGAUAUUGAAGCACUAAAGACAGUCAUUAAGGCAUCACCUUAUAUAAAGUACAGUAUUAUCAAUACAGUGUAUGCCUAUGCUUACACUACACUACACCUAAAUGGAGAACAUCAGUUAACAUCAUUGGAUGCAAUUUUCAUAUUUUUACGAAUUUGCGAAGCUCUACGAAUAAAUAGGAUAUUUAAGGAUUGUCAAUCUGCUAUUGAGAAUGCUCUCCUUGAAAUAACUAAUUGUGAAGCUUUAGCAGCUGAUCAAGAUAUGAUCUUGCAAACGCAAAACGCUGGUGACUCAAUUUUACGUGGACCAGAAGAAGAAAACAAAUUAUUUUACAUUAUUGCUGCCCUGUCUGACCUUCAUGGGUUAAUGCGAAAGGCUAAAAAGGAACUAUCAACGCGGAAAUCGAAAUCAACAAGCGAAGAUUUCAAAAGUAAAUUUCAAUCGAGUAUUGAUUUGGGAAUGACAAAAAUAUCAAAAAAAAAUUUAUCGUUGUACAUAAAAAAAAUUGAAUUUUUUAUUGCUUGGUUGAAAUCCCUGAGCAAAACGUAUUGCUUUGAAGAGGAGACUAACGAUGUACAAGUGUAAAUACGAGUGUGA